AAAAAACAUUAAUGCUCUUGGAAAAACUGUCCCUGUUCAGGGUUUUGGGAAUAUUUUGAACACAUUUAAAGGAAACUCAUAGAUGCAGUAGAAAAAUGGUCAGUUCAGAAUCUUUCUUGAAACCUGCAUCUUUCUCAAACCCUAACCUGCCACGACAAAAAUACACUUUAUACAUUUUCAUGUAUCCUCGGGGCUAAAAAUACAUUUGCUUGCUCAUGUAAACACCUUCGCUGUGCAUACGUGACCUGAGGCUCAGCCAGCCUUAUCCUGCCCAGGCAUCUGUUAUCUUGUAUUCCGUUAUGUAGCCCUGCAGUGAAUUACAUAAAGCCUGCUGAAUCUGGGGGUUCAUCAGCUUACACCGGCGGAUUUUGUUAACUGGAUAAGCCGUAGAUUUAAAAUCUGAAAAUAAGCAGUGAGUCUGUGCGUUGGGUAUAAAAGGCUCACACAGCGUCUUCUCACCACAGUUCACUGCAACAACUCUGCACUGAAAACAUCUUGUGGCUUCUUCAUUCCCUGCUUCAGAAUGGAUUUUCAAAUCUUUGCUCUGGUGAUGAUGUUCCUGGCCUGUGUGGAGCACAGCCUGGCCUCCUGUGUGGUGGACAGCUUCACAGUCAAACAGGACUUUGACCCCAAACGAUAUGCAGGAAAGUGGUAUGCUCUGCAGAAGAAAGAUCCCGAGGGUUUGUUCCUGCAGGACAACAUCUCUGCUGAGUACACUGUUGGCGAUGAUGGCUCUAUGGUGGCCUCCUCCAGAGGCAGAGUCACUCUCUUUGGGUUCUGGGUUGUCUGUGCUGACAUGGCUGCUCAGUACACAGUCCCUGACCCUGGCAACCCUGGCAAAAUGUUUAUGGACUACCAGGGCCUGGCCAGUUACCUGUCCAGUGGCGGUGACAAUUACUGGGUCAUUGAUACAGACUAUGACAACUAUGCCAUCACCUAUGCCUGCCGCACCCUGAAGGAUGAUGGAACCUGCGAGGACGGCUAUGCUCUAGUCUUCUCCCGCAAUCCCCGUGGCCUCCCCCCUGCCAUCCAGAGAGUGGUCCGCCAGAAGCAGGAGGAAAUCUGCAUGGCCGGACAGUUCCAGCCUGUGCUGCAGUCCGGAGCUUGCUAAACAAGUGCUAAUCUGGGGCAUGUUGAGCAACCCUACAUUAAAGUGGAUCCAGGAGAAUAAGCCUGUCACAUUCCAACUACGUGGCCAACAUCAGAUAAAUCCAAUCCAAUCCAUAACCCUGUGAAAACUUUAAACCUGCCACGACAAAAAUACAAUUUAAAUCCACUGGAAACUAUUAGCGAUGGAGUGGAUAUCAUCAAAUGACCAGCUGUAUCAUACUGUCACACUGGUGGGUAACAUCUGCACUGUGCCAUUCUGUAUCGGUGACAAUAAAUUUUGUAAAGAAA